CCGCGCCUCCGACGCGGGGGCCGCCGCCGUCUCUGCGUCCACCAUGCGUCCCGGGACGCCGAGGCCACUGUGGCCACUGCCCUGGGGCGCCCUGGCUUGGGCCGUGGGCUUCGUGGGCUCCGUGGGCUCGGGGGACCCCGCGCCCGGUGGGGUCUGUUGGCUCCAGCAGGGCCGAGAGGCCACCUGCAGCCUGGUGCUGAAGACUGACGUGAGCCAAGCGGAGUGCUGUGCCACCAGCAACAUCGACACGGCCUGGUCCAACUUCACUCACCCAGGGAACAAGAUCAGCCUUCUGGGCUUCUUGGGCCUUGUCCACUGCCUCCCCUGCAAAGACAGAGCCCCAAGCCCAGGCGCAGCGUCGACUCCCGGUCCGCCGGGCCCGUGGCUGGUCUCGUCUCCAACGGAUCUCGCUCCCAGACUUCGAACCAGUCGCCCUCCCCUGGGUUCCCCGACUCCGGCACGGCCUCUGGCGUCAGGGCUGGGGGCGGGAGCGCCGCGGGCUCCGAGGACAUCCGGCCUCGGUCACGUCUGCGGCUCCGACGGCGCCACCUACCGCGACGAGUGCGAGCUGCGCGCCGCGCGCUGCCGCGGCCACCCGGACCUACGCGUCAUGUACCCCGGACGCUGCCGCAAGUCGUGCGCGCACGUGAUGUGCCCGCGGCCGCAGUCGUGCGUGGUGGAUCAGACCGGUAGCGCUCACUGCGUGGUGUGUCGCGCGGCGCCGUGUCCCGCGCCCUCCAGCCCCGGCCAGGAGCUCUGCGGCAACAACAACGUCACCUACAUGUCCUCGUGCCACCUCCGCCAGGCCACCUGCUUCCUGGGCCGCUCUAUCGGCGUGCGCCAUCCGGGCAGCUGUGCAGGCACCCCUGAGCCGUCCGAUGCCGAGUCGGAGUCGGAAGAGGAGAACUUCGUGUGAGCCCGUGGGGCCGGCUUGGGCCUGGCGUUCAAGGCCUCCCCGUUUUAUUUAUUGCCACUGCCGAGUCUAAUUUAUGUCCCAUGGACACUUCCCAGAGCUUGGGCCGGGACCUCUUGGGAGGGGCCCUGGAGCCCCCUGACAAUACCUUGGAAGGAUGGGGGCAGGGGGCCUGGGAGUGGGGCUGGUAGGUGCGGCUCCCACUCCAGGCACCGGGCUGCCCCAGAGGACCGCAUGCUUCUGCCCUAGGGGAUAGCUUAGAUACCGCCCCCCGUGGAGAGGCCUGGGGCUUGCUUGCCCUCCAGCGGUUAACAAAGAGGCACCGCAGCCUCGUGGGUCUUGGACUGGGGGUGACGGAGGCCCCCAGCCUGGGUGCGUAUUGGCGAGUCGCAGAGCUUGCCACGGAAGCACCACCGGCCACAACCAGCUCAAGGACUCCAGGCCUUACCUUCCUCGGUGCCUCCGUUUCCGUUUCCCUGGGUCGUUUCCAUUUCCCUGGGUCGUCCUGUAGUGGCCGCUAAGCAAAGCCCAGCGUGUCUCCUGGGGUGGGAAGCGGGAAGCCUCCGGCCAGGAGAGGCCAGAACAGAACACUGCGUUUAGUGGUGCCCAGUGCACUUUGGGCGAGACCCAGUGGGGCCCACGAAGAGCCCCUGCUCGCCCACCGUGGGGUAUAUGUGCCGAGGCCCGCUGCCCGUGCUGCCUCCUAGAGCCGAAUGUGUAGGCGGCACCCCCGCGCCUGCUGCCCCAUCCGCAGGUAAGGUCCAGACCAGGACCCCUCCCGGGAGACGUGCCUUGGCCAAUCUCUAAGCCUAGUCUCCAGGUGAACCCACCUCGCCCACCAGAUGGCCCAAGAGUCUUGACAGUUGCCAGACGCAGGCCUGGGCUGAGUUGCUGCCUUCUGCCUGGGCUGUUGCUCAGUGUCACCUCCCCAUGUCUGCAUGUGCCAGAGGCCCGGACCGGACACUGGGGGGGCCCAGCAGGCGGGAGACCACCUCCUUGAGCUUGCAGCGAGCCGUGCUGGGCCCAGUUGUAUUCAUCCUCCCCUGGCCCCUCGGAAGUGCCUUACCUGUGACACCCAGAAAAGUGUCCUUGAGUAGUGGGGUUCACCCGAGCCCCCCAACAAGGCCACCUCCCCACCCUGGGGACCUGCCUCACCAAAGAAAUAAACACUGUAAAAAGACACUCUGGAGUGUCCAAGCCUU